UUUAUUUUGAGUUUAUUAUCGCUCAGGAGUGUUACAGCUUUAAAAACACACGUAUGUAACGCGUUCAUUGUUAUCUUAUUCAUUGUGUGUCGUCUUAAUGCUUUAAAAAGGAGUUUGGUUUUUUAUCUUAAGAACUGAAUAAAACGAAACCCCUUCAUAUGUAACACUUUGGUGAUUUAAAAGGGCGCAUUACUUUUUGUUUUUUGUGACUCCUAUUUUUCCAAAACCAAAACAUGCAUUUUACAGUAAUGUGUAAACAGUUUGAUGAUGUCUUAUUGGCCAUUAUUUCACAUUUAAAUAAACAGUUUCCACUGAAUUAUUCUUUUGCAUUAAAUCUUUAGUGUUUUGAACCACUGACCUUUCACAUAGUUUUGUUUACAACAGCACAGCUCUGUGUCGUUGCUCAUGUGAGCACAAAGCCUCAUCACAAACAUAGCGCUUGACAUUUAGUCACUUCACACCAUUGGAGCACAUUUAUAUUUUGAAUCGAGCUCUCCAGAAUGCCACAGCAACAGUAGGCCUCCCAACUGACCUAGAAGUGUCCACUUUCCUUAUAACGUUCAGCUUCUGAAGUCUUGAGUGGGCCGGAUGGUUGAGUUAACCACACAGACUCCAGUUUCAGGGCGUCCUCAGGUGUGGAGCUGGUUGCUAAGGACUCCUACUGUGGCUAUGGAGAGAGUAAUGUGACAUCAAGCUGACGCAUCCAGCUCACAGCAGCCGCAAGGGGAGAUGGUGUCUGGAAAACAAGCUGUUCAGUCCACAUUUGGUCCAUCACAGAGAAUCUUGGAGUUGGCUCAACACAAAACCUCAAAAACAGUCUGGGCCACGACUCCUUGUGAGAAGCUGAGCUGGGGCAACCAGGGGCCUGUAUGGCCCAUCUCCGCUUCAGCGCUCGGAGCCGCUCCAAGUGCAAGAAUCCAAUACCUAUCCAGGCACAAAAGAGAUUUCUCAGCAAGGGAGGACCACCGGAGGAAGGAGGAGGAGGCGACGGCGAGCCUCUUCAGGAAGACCCAGCGACCUUCCUCCAAGACGUCCCAGUACGAAAACACCCUGCGUUUGUCGACACCCAGAACCAGGACUCGAAGCUCCCAGGAUGCAGGGCCUCCUCACACGCCUCAAGGUGAAAAAAACUGUCCUGUGUGGCACAGCGAUCCCAGGGUGAAAAGUGCCGUGAUCACACCUCGACUGCUGCAGCUUUCCAAACCCAAACUCGCACAUCCGGACUUCCAGAGGAGCAGGGAGAGCGUCGCUUCCAUCGUCUCUCUCUCAUCCAGAAAAGCUCGCAUCUCGCAGAGACUCGUCCAGCUGUCGCUGCCCAGACUGAAGGAGAGCAACAUCUGCUGCACACUUGGACGUCCAGAGGAAUCCAUCUGGACUGUUUCAAGAGCAGCGAGGAGAGCCACAGCGAGCGCUCGCAUUGAGAUGCUGGCAGAACCAAAGCAGCUUUCCAAGGACUACAUCCCACCACGAGACCCAGAGUGGAGCCGGAAAAACGUCCAGUCCAUCUGAGUGCGCGUCGCCAUCGAGUCGGUGUUUCACCAGACUGAACUCUUUGUGUUUUCCACCCCAGACUAAAGCAGAAACAUUUAAAGGUCGAAAUUCAGAUCCUGUAUUCGUGUUUCUGUGCUUUAUUUACAUUCACAGCCUCUUUAAUGGUAAUUAUGACAGUUAUUUCGAGCGAGUUAUCACAGCUUGUGAACAGAAAAAGUAGUACCAAGAAUGAACCCCCGACUUACUGUGAAAUUAAUGACGAGCCAGAGAGAUCCAACAGGGAAACACUGGAG